UGACAUUGCUGAAGAGGAGGAGGUGGGGGUGACCAGACCUGAAGGUUUUUAUAGCAGGGAGCCGCGGUUCAGUGGCAGCCCGCUUCUCAUCUGUGGUAUCGGGACACGGUGGGAGUCAUGUAUCGGCGGCCGCUGCAGUCUGCCGUCAGAAACGUUAUUAACGUGACCGCGAGCAGAGCCGCGUACGGAAAGGUGUUGGAUCAAGAAGCCUGUUUUGCCAGAGCCUGCCAGCUGGCCAGAGUGUCUUCUCCCAAUUUAACACCAUGUCGGACACUGCACAUCACCCCACAGCUCUGCAGCGUGAAGGAGACGCCCCAGCACACAGAGGAAGAAGUCGGGGCUUUCACGAAGCUCAUUGAGGCCAUGGGCUUCACCGGACCUCUCAAAUACAACAAAUGGAAAAUCAAGAUUGCUGCCUUGCGCAUGUACACAUGCUGUGUAGAGAGAAUCAACUACGACGAGUUCUUUGACAAGUGCUCCCUCCCUGACACACUCAACUCCUGGUUCUUGAUAGCGCAGCUGCAUGUGUGGAUGUGUUUGGUGCGGAUGCGUCAGGAGGGCAGAGAAGGAAAGUACAUGUGCCGUUACAUUGUCCACUCCAUGUGGGAGGAUGUAGAGCAGAGGAGCAAAAUCAUGGGGAUUGAUGCCAUCCAUAGAAAGGAAGGAAUGAAGGCGAUGACGGAGACGUUUUACGCAGCAAUAUUUGGAUAUGAUGAGGGAAUCCUGUCUGAUGACUGCGUGCUGGCAGCAGCUCUGUGGAGAAACCUGUUCAGCUGUGAGUGUGAAGAUCCCAAACAGCUGGAGCUCAUGGUGGAAUACGUACGCAAACAGAUGCAGUACAUCGACGCUCUGGACGGAGAGGACCUGAUGCUGACCGGAGAGGUGAAGUGGCGCCCUCUGGUGGAGGAGAACGCACAGAGCAUCCUGAAGGUGGCCACACCAACGUACAACGACACCGGACUGUGAGACGAAGACUCAGACUCCUGUUUCGUCUCGUCCAAAGUCCUCUUCCUCUUCUCACCUUUUACCCACUUUCCUUUUCCCGUCUUUGCGUCUUCUCUCCUUCCUAUAAUCAUGUAACAUUUCUCUCUCUCUCUCUCUCUCUCUCUCCCCUCUUCUGUCCUUUAAGGAGGGAUUUUAAUUUGACUUUUUGUCUCUGAUGCUGUAGCUUUUUCAUCUACUGUUUCCCGCUCCUCCCCUCUUCUGUCUCUGAACGUACAUUAAAGACAGGAUAGACAGUCAGGGAUAUCUGUCACACACACAUCUUCUCCUUCACCAGCCAGUCAGCCGGUCUAAAAACAGGAAACGCCAUGCAUCAUCAUCAUCAUCUUCCUCCUGCUCAGUUCUGUCCUGUCGGUUUUGAGAGCCUCUGUUUUCCUCUCUGCAACCUGUCGAGAGGAAAACACACAAGUAGAGAACAAGACACUGUAUUUAUGUUUCUCGUUUUUUUGUUUUUUCCAUGCACGCCGCCCUGUAUUUAUAAAAUAUUUUAUAUGCCGCCAUGUUUACACUCUUCCCUACAAAGGAGCUAAACUUCUGCUUCACUCAGUUCGGUGAUGUUAAAAUAAUGGUUCUCGGAAAACAAAUGCAAUAUUUCAGCGUGACCCCUGACCUCCUGUGUGUGCGUGUCGGAGGUCUGGAGGACACGCCUCUGCUCCUGGACUGUCUGUCUGUCUGUCUACCGACGCUCUCACAGCCGAACAGGAAGCUGGGCUCUCAUCACUGCGUUCAAAACAAUGAAACUUUUUGUUUGUUUUUAAAAAGCAAAUUAAUAAAAAUGUUACCUGGAUGUAAAAAAAA